GAUAUAGAUUCAACAUUCCCACAAAAAUUAAUCAUAUUGGAAAUCUCAAAAGCUUUUGAAUCUUGUUUUGAAGAAUUUAAGCAAAAAAAAAAUAUCAACCUUCUCACUGAAAUUAAAGAAGAAGUGAAAAAUGAAACUAUAUUAAGAUUAAAAGCGGCUA